AUGGACAGACUGAAGCAGAUCGUAGGCAGGAAGAACCCGCUGAAACGGGCAGAGGGCAUGUGCAGCAUACUGGAAAACACGGAAGGAGGAGAUAUCGCCCUGAUUCCCACGCACAGCAAUUUUCAGAUGCCAGAAGUCUUUCUGUCCACGCGCAUACUCCCAGAGUGCGAGGCGUACUUUAUGCAGGAGAGCGAAGAGAUGAGCAAGGGAAAAAUAGAGGAGUGGAACGAAAGAGUGGACCGGGUGAUGGAGGACCUCUCUGUUGACUUUGUCAUAAUGGAGGCGCAGAAAGCCCCGCCCAGCGAGAUCAGCCUGCUGGAGAGAGUCCAGAAAACCCUUGGGUACACAAAAUAA